GCUGUUGUUGUGCACACUCCUCGUCGACCGACCGACAACGUUGCUGAGCGUAUUCUAUAAGUGUGUGUGCUGUGCGUUCUAUAGAGCGAACCGGAUUCAAGUUCUCGGGCUGGAAUCCCGCAUUUCUGACAAAGACGAGAAGUUCUUCUGUUUCCAAUAUUGUUUCACAAGCGACUGCUGAAACGUUACACAAUUUCGCAAGAUGACGACGGAGAAAAAGGAAGAGAAGAAGUCGUUCGAGGAGAUGUGGGCUGACGCUAAGAAGAACUCUGGCGACUUCAAUGGCUGGACAUCCCUAUUGACGCAUGUCGAACAGAACGUCCUUCUGAUCGGCAUUCAGAGUGCUCGAGAAGUGUUCCUGUCUUUCUUCGAGCACUAUCCGUACUGCUAUGGCUAUUGGAAAAAACUCGCUGACUUGGAGCGGAAAAACGUCCAAGAGGGAGAGGAGCUCGCCAUGGAGAAAUGUCAGGAAACUUUUGAGAAAGGUCUCCAAGCCAUCCCCCUAUCUGUUGAUCUCUGGCUGCAGUACAUAAACUUCCUCAAGCUGAAGGUCAAGGACCGCGAGGACGAGGUCGAACAGCUCAGGGAUUUAUACAAGCGAUCGAUCGAUGUCGCCGGAUUGGAGUUCCGCUCUGACCGACUCUGGGAUUCAUGGAUAGCUUGGGAAACGGAACAACAGCAGCUCGUGAACGUCACCGCUAUCUAUGACAGACUGAUCUCAACGCCAACUCAGCUCUAUAGCCAACAUUUCGAAAAAUUCCAAGGCUUGUUGGAGAAAUAUCCGCUCCAUGAGACUCUUGGCGAAGAAGAGAUCGAGGAAUGGAAACAGCUAUACGAACAACGGAAGGGUGAAGGAGCCACGGACGAGGACGAGCCCACGUUCAUCAAAGGUGAAGCGAUCCAACGUCGGAAGAAUGUGUACAAAAAGAAUGAGGAAGCCUGCACCACGCGCUGGACUUUCGAAGAAGGCAUCAAACGGCCCUAUUUCCACGUGAAACCGUUGGAGAAGACACAGAUCAAGAACUGGAAAGAUUACCUCGAUCUGGAAAUCGAAAUGGGCGAUGAGAAGCGCAUCAGGCUUCUAUUCGAGCGAUGUCUGAUCGCUUGUGCCCUGUACGAAGACAUGUGGAUCAAGUAUAUCAACUGGGUUGAAUCGGCGGGAGAUUCGAUCGAGGCGGUUAUGGCUCUGUACAAGAGAGCCUGCGAGGUCCACCUCCCAAAGAAACCGAUCAUCAAUAUGUCUUGGCUCUCGUUCGUCGAGAAAAAAGAACGCGAAGGCGCCCUGGCUGAAGGUUCCGUCGAAGAUCUUCUGCAGCCCAUGGAGGAAAGGCUCGGCAGCUGCGUCGUCUUCGCCAUGCGACGCUUGAACAUCCAUCGUCGAUUCGGGAGAGCCGACAAGGUCGAAGAGCUGUAUAAAAGUUACGCGGCAUCAGCUGAAACACCAAAAGUAGCAAACCAUUUCGCCAUCAAAUACGCGAGAUUCCUCGUUCAGACCAAGGGAGACAUCGUGACGGCGAUCGAGAUUCUCAAAGAAGCCAGUCAGAGAGAGCCCGAAAAUUGCCGCGUCUACCUGGCGAUGAUCGACUUGGCGAUUAAAUCAGAGAAUACGGUGCUCAUCAGCGAAACAUUCAAAACCGCUCUGAAGGCGACGGAGAUCCCUCAAGCGAAGAAACUGGAUAUUCUCCAGAGACGACUGGAAUACUACGAGGAAAUGACCGAUGAAGUCGAUCAGGCUCAACAGGCCCUGGAGGAAUACUCGAAAAUGUUGAAGCUGGUCGAAAAAGAAAGGGACAGGAAACGUCCGACGGACGAGAACGGAUCCGGACCCGACGCGAAAAAGAAAGCCGAGGAGUAUUCGAUGGCUUACUAUGACCGCAAUGGACAGAGCGCUUACAGUGCACAGGCUUACAGUCAGCAACAAUGGGGACAGCAGGGUUACGGACAAGCCUACAACGCUAGCCAGGGCUGGAAUGGACAACAGCAAGCAUAUGGGGCAAGCUACCAUUACUAGUCGGGCUGUCAUUUUACUUCUGUUCCCGGGAGCACACAUACACGCAUCUUCACAGGAAGUUCGCGGCGGAACACAGUCCCUGUUUGUUUUUGCUGACUCAUCUCCAUAAUCCUUGCAAAUAAGUUCACCAAUACGCAUAACAUGUCAUAUAAGUCUUCUAAGCUCUCAAAGAAUAAAUGCAUCUCAAAUGAAUAUGAGAAAUCAC